AUCACAUGUUAUGCGUAAGAAAAUUGAACCGAAGGCAUCGUCGGGUACUAUGUCGCAAAGUAGCAGUGGACCAUCCCAUGUUAUGACGCUUACAAUCACUACUACUCAAAGUAGUAUAAAUGGCGACAGCAGAUGUAGAAUCGGAAGAAAAAAGGGAUUGCCUUCGCCCUAUCUCACAGCAGAUAAGGUUAAGUUAUCCAGAGUAACAGAAAAGAAAAUAAUACAUAAAAAACCACUUGAUCAUGAUAAAUCGGUACCUUUGGCAACUGACGUUUACAGAGCAAACUCUGAUGAACUUAGAUUUUUAAAACAUAAUAACAAGAAAGUCAAAAAGUCCGUGCUGACUCUACCAAAUGAAUCUAAUGCUGAAGGUAUAGUCUGUACAGUAAGUGACGUAAAUGAUAUGACUGAAUUCAAUAAAGAUCAACGAGAUCGUGAACGUAAAAUAAAAAAUAGAAAGCGGCUACCAAUACAAACUAGAAAGCCUCGUAUCAAAGCUAAAGACUUCGAAUAUUACGACAGAGAUGCUCGAUACUGUUCCCAGAUGAAUAUUGAUUUAGACUGUAGUUCUACUGACAUGAUCAAAUAUUACAAUGGGGAUGGUAAGAGGGUGUCAAAUAAAUAUGCUACUGACAAAGUAUCUGAAACCGAGUCCAAGCUGGACCCACACGACGUAUGGGCUGUACUAAGGAAUAUAAACCGCUUUCAGUUCACCCCCUCACCACCUUUGUCAAAUUAUAGUGUGCAAUCAAGGAAGAAGAAAAGAAUGAACAAAAAACGUAAUUGUCGUAAAGAUGCGCGAGUCAUUGAGACUUGCCGCACUGAAGAAUUUGCUUACAUUUCAAGCUAUGAUGUGAGCAGGUCUCGUACAAACUUUUCUCAAGCUUCGAGCAUUGAUCGUAUUACGGUGAUAGAUAAACAAGAUGACUUUAAUCACUUGUGUCAAGAAUUUGAAAAGAAAUUAACUCAAACUACUAUGAUGAUAGAUUCAAAAAAUCUUAAAGGACAAAAUAAACUAAAAUCGGGCAAUCAAUCUUUUGAAAGAGGUAAUCAGUUAAUGCCAGGUAAUCAAUCCGCACCUUUUAUUGAUAAGAAACCCAUUUUAAAUAUGCCCAAUGGCGGCCAACGUCCAGAUUUCAACAAAGAUGCAAAUGAAAGUUCAAAUGCCCAUAAAAUUGGUUUAACUUGUUUAGAAUUUAAGGAUGAUCUUCGUGGUCACAAAGAUCAAAUUGAUAAAGAGCUGCAGCUGCAGUCACCAUACAAUACCACUCUAUGUUCUGUUAAUUCAGGAUCAAGUAAAGCAGGACUUAAUGAUUUUGUAAAUCGAACUAAAGCAGAGGAGAAUAAUAGAUCUGUCUAUUCAGACGAAUCAUAUCAACAAAUGAAAGGCAUCACAAAGGUAGUUCUUAGCAAAGCACCAGAUGCUGUAGUACCAAAGCGCAAUAUUCCUUCAAGUCCUAUUCGCAAACCUCGUUUAGUAACCACUAUGCCGAGUACAAUGCCACCAAAAUUAACACUUACUGAAAUUAAAAGAAGACUCGCAUACUUAAGAUUUCCUAUCGUAGUUCUUGAAAAGGAUGAACUAGGUUGUUCCUCAAUUGAAGUUCCUUCAUUUGAACCGGUCCAGUUUCGCGGUUUGGACCAACAUAUAUGGCCGUUUAUGGUAGAGUGGCAAAAACCCGCUGAAGUUAAGAAUAAGUCGAAAAAUAACAACAAUGUGUCUGAAAAUAUUCAACAAGGAAAAGGCAAGCAUUCUAUAUCGAGAGUCACUAACAAUAACAAUUCGUAUGAAAAUAAAGCACUUGUUCCAAAAGAGAAGAAGUUUUAUAUUUAUAACACAAAGAAAACUGAUCCAAAACGUGUUAUUGCUGUGCCAGAAGCUAAGGCUAUAAUACAGCAACAAAUAAAAUCGAAACCUAUGAAGCAGUUCAAAGACAAAAUGUUAAAACUGCUUUACAAAAACUCGACUGAAGAAUUCAGAGGUAAUAACAACCAAACUGGUGGUCAAGGUGAUGUGAACAAUCAGAAAAUACUUCAACAUAUUAAUAUUGAGAAUCCAGUAAAAAAAGUUGACGCCGCUACUGAUGCCAGAUCACCUCGUCAGCAAUUUGCUACGCAAUCGAAUCGACGUGCGUUAGGGAGUCCACAAAAAGAGCGGAGUCAGGUGGCUUUGCCACAUAUACACCCAUGGGCUAAAGGUAAAUGGGCUAGCGACUUUAUAGAUAGUGUCAUAAAGAAGGUCAAAAGUGGUAUUUAUUAUACCCAGGAAAAGAAAGUUGUAUGUAAAAAGUGCUGUAAGGUCUCAAAGGAAGUGUCAAUACAAACGACUUUGUCGAGUGUGAAAUGCAACACCGAUUUAAACAAAACUAACAAGAUUGAUGAUAUGAACAUAAAAAAUGAUUAUCAAAAGAUACCUGGAUUUGAUGAAGUUUUAGCACCUGUUGAAAUUAAAAGUUUGAAUAUGAAACAAAUCACGGUUAAACAUUGUUUGACAAAUGUUCUGUUACAGUUUGAUGUUUCAGUACCAAACGAAAAGAAAUCUAUUUCGUUAGAACCACAAAGACCACCACUUUACACGCCACUUGGAUUAACAGAUAGUCAUUCGAAGAUCAUUAAAUGCAAAACUACGAUUUUGAAUGCAAUAAUGCCAGCUGAACUUUGUAGUAUAAUACCAAAGCUUAUGAGGAACAUAGAUUUGAAUACAAACUCGCCCCCAGCGUUCCCGCCAUUCGCUUUUAGGAAACCUGAAAUUCAACUUUCCACAAUAUCUGAACUCGCUCCACCCCAAUCUAUCGAAUCUAUUAAGUAUGCCAUCAUGCCAUUUUCUUUCAUGUCCACGAAACUAAGGGCAUAUUUGGCAGGGAGAUUUCAACAAAAUAGGCAUAAAUUAAAAAUUAAACUUCCUGAAAGGAAAAGUAUACUUUCUUGUUGUACGAAUGUGGCUAGGGACAUGCUCAAAGGUUUCAAAAUCGUUCCGUUGCUAAGUCAACAUCACAUAUUUAAUCCAGACACCAUAGAUAUAACAGCAAGAAAUUUAUACAGGCCAUCUUAUACGAAUAUUAUACGGAAUGCGAGGUCAAAGUGUAUGGCUCUACAACCAUACAGUGAACCGAAGCAAUGUGUGGCUCCAACAUUUGGCAUCCAUAAUGUUAUCAAACUAUUACAACAGAUCUGCUGUAAAAACAUAGUGGUUCAUUUUGAUUUUCCAAAAUAUUUCCCUGUUCAGCUGAACAACAUUAAAAUAACUGUUCUGCCGAACGCGCCAAUAAUUGAUACGAAAAUCUUUGAAAUAGAUUCCCUUCUCAAUGGAUGUUUAAGGGCUAAUGAUUAUAGUUCUAAGCGUCUCUGCAUUGAACAGAAGAUAAACUCCAUUGACUUUGAAAAAAAAUCAAGUCGAAUUCAAGAUAAGAAACCAAAGAUCAGUUUAAACCUUAGUCACACUAAAACCAAGAAAUGCUUCGUGAGACUAUACAAAAAAUGUAAAUCAACAUCAAACAUUACUAUAGAGAGAAGUUCUACUGCAUUAUGCAAGAUAACAAACCUGGAUCAUUUCUUCCAAGCUCUUGGAUCAGGAAAAUUAUUGUCCAGCGUAUUUGACAGUUAUGCUGAGAAGAAAAUUUUAUCUUCUAUAGCUGAAAUGAGAAAUUGGAUAACAGAUAUUAGCCAAAGACAGGCUAUGUUGGUUUUGUUGCUGACUAACAAGAAAGAAACUCCAAACUUGGUGCGAUAUCGGCCAGUUCUAUUGCAAGGUAUCGCUGUGAACAGGAUCACUCGCGCUUCUGAGCUGGACAUGGAAAUUGAAGUCAUAGAAACUGAAAACCUUAAAAAACCACAGUUUGACGGGAUACAUUACAUGUCAACAAAAGACCAAACUAACAAUCUCUUAGAAGAACUUUAUUGGAUUGCUAAAACAACUGCUUCGGACUAUCAGAAACCAUUCGACGAAUCAUCAGAGAGAUUAUUAAAAUCGUUGACGGAGAAGCGUAAAAAACUAAAUCCGUCUUACUUACGUGUAAUGGCGCGUUAUGUCGGUCUCGGCCUUCUAAAACCACCCAAAAAAUAUUCCCUUCUCAAUGGAUGUUUAAGGGCUAAUGAUUAUAGUUCUAAGCGUCUCUGCAUUGAACAGAAGAUAAACUCCAUUGACUUUGAAAAAAAAUCAAGUCGAAUUCAAGAUAAGAAACCAAAGAUCAGUUUAAACCUUAGUCACACUAAAACCAAGAAAUGCUUCGUGAGACUAUACAAAAAAUGUAAAUCAACAUCAAACAUUACUAUAGAGAGAAGUUCUACUGCAUUAUGCAAGAUAACAAACCUGGAUCAUUUCUUCCAAGCUCUUGGAUCAGGAAAAUUAUUGUCCAGCGUAUUUGACAGUUAUGCUGAGAAGAAAAUUUUAUCUUCUAUAGCUGAAAUGAGAAAUUGGAUAACAGAUAUUAGCCAAAGACAGGCUAUGUUGGUUUUGUUGCUGACUAACAAGAAAGAAACUCCAAACUUGGUGCGAUAUCGGCCAGUUCUAUUGCAAGGUAUCGCUGUGAACAGGAUCACUCGCGCUUCUGAGCUGGACAUGGAAAUUGAAGUCAUAGAAACUGAAAACCUUAAAAAACCACAGUUUGACGGGAUACAUUACAUGUCAACAAAAGACCAAACUAACAAUCUCUUAGAAGAACUUUAUUAG